AGAAAUGGGAUGAAGAAUUGUAUACAACAGAGACAGAAGAGUUCUCCCCUCCUUAUGACAUCAUAAAAGGAGGCGGGUGUUCUAAUCUCGGCGCUCAUCAUCAUAUCCCCAUGCCAUACAAUUCAACCUCAAAGCCGCGUUGAUAAAAAGCGCAUCACAUCUUCGGAUUAUACACGUAAAACAUUUGUCCAAACCUUCCUUCCUUCAAUCCUUCCAUUCAUGUCCAGCUCCUAAUGCCAUCCAACCCAUCUUCUACCAUGCAGCUCAACCACCUCUGCCUCAUUUUACCCACCGACUUCGACGAAAUCAAGCAGCCGGCGGAUCACGAAUUACCCGCGAAGGAGGUCAAGAAACGCCCAUAUCGUGACUGCAGCAGUCACAUUCUUGCUUCCCUCCGUGGCUUGCUAUGCAGGGUUUAUGACUCCAAGUGGUUAACUUUCUGUCACCAUGAGAGGCAGAGGAAGCAACGGUCUGCUGCUGGAGUGUUUCACGACACCGAGGGGAUACAGCUUUCCGACAAGGUUGGCGGAGAUAAUCCGAGGAUCUUUGGCUUUGCCGAGCUGUAUAUUGGGUCUAAUGGGUUUAGCGAGGAUGAAGUGCUCGGCAGUGGAGGCUUUGGCAAAGUGUAUAGAGCGGUUCUGCCGAGUGAUGGAACUUUGGUUGCUGUGAAGUGCUUGGCAGAGAGAGGGGAGCGGUUUGAGAAGACUUUUGUGGCGGAGUUGGUGGCGGUGGCUAACCUCCGCCACCGGAACCUUGUCCGGUUGAGAGGUUGGUGCGUUCACGAAGACCAGCUGUUUUUGGUUUAUGACUACAUGCCCAACCGGAGCCUUGACCGCAUACUUUUCAGAAGACCGGAGAACAUGGGGUCGGCGCCUCCUCUGAGUUGGGAGCGUCGGAGGAAUAUUGUCGGAGGUCUGGCAGCUGCUCUUUUCUAUCUUCACGAACAGUUGGAAACUCAGAUCAUUCACCGGGACGUGAAGACAAGCAACGUGAUGCUUGACUCCCAUUAUAACGCCCGGCUCGGUGAUUUUGGCUUGGCAAGGUGGUUAGAACAUGAACUGGAGUUCCAAACCAGCAGAGCGUCAUUCCAAAAUCACCAGUUUCGAUUGGCGGAGACAACCAGAAUUGGUGGCACAAUUGGAUACUUGCCCCCCGAGAGCUUCCAAAAACGAAGUGUGGCCACCGCAAAAUCUGACGUUUUCAGCUUCGGGAUUGUUGCUUUGGAGGUGGUGUCGGGUCGGCGGGCAGUCGAUCUCACAUACCCGGAUGAUCAGAUAAUUUUGCUGGACUGGAUCCGGAGGCUAUCUGAUGAAGGAAAGCUUCUUCAAGCAGGGGAUAAUCGGUUACCGGAUGGGUCUUACAGGCUUUCGGAUAUGGAGCGGCUGAUUCAGCUUGGCCUUCUGUGUACACUCCACAGCCCGGAAUCACGGCCAAACAUGAAAUGGGUUGUAGAAGCACUUUCAGGCAGCAUUUCCGGCACACUGCCAGCUCUCCCAUCAUUCCGGUCCCACCCCCUAUACAUCUCUUUAUCCUCCGCAACAAACACGAGCACAAGCAACGCCACGACAGACAGCAGUAGCACAACUGCCACAUCAGCCGCGUCGAACUAUGUGACAGCCACCGGAGAAACCAUAUAUGCGACUGCUGAAUGUGGAAACUCAAACAGCAAUCUCAAUUCUUCCGACAGCAUUCGCCGAGCAGCAACCUUUCACUUGGUGGAAACCCCACGAGAAAUAUCCUACAAGGAAAUCAUUUCUGCUACAAACAAUUUCUCAGAGUCUCAAAGGGCAGCAGAGCUGGACUUCGGAACCGCCUACCACGGCGUCCUUGACAACCGUCACCAUAUCCUGGUGAAGCGGCUUGGGAUGAAGACAUGCCCUGCUCUGCGAGCAAGAUUCUCAAAUGAACUCCAGAAUCUGGGAAGGCUCCGCCACCGGAAUUUGGUACAGCUCCGUGGAUGGUGCACCGAGCAAGGGGAGAUGCUUGUUGUCUACGAUUACUCAACAAAUCGCCUUCUAAGUAACCAGCUUUUCCAUCGUGUUAAUAGAACCCACCAUUCUGUCUUGCUAUGGCGUCACAGAUACAACAUAAUCAGAUCGCUUGCGUCAGCCAUUCAUUAUCUUCACGAGGAAUGGGAUGAACAAGUUAUCCACAGAAACAUCACCUCUUCUGCGGUUAUUCUUGAUUCAGACAUGAACCCGAGGCUCGGUAGUUUUGCCCUGGCCGAAUUUCUGACCCGAAAUGAACAUGGGCAUCAUGUUGUCACUAACACAAGCAAAUCAGUUCGUGGGAUAUUUGGUUAUAUGUCGCCGGAGUACAUGGAAUCCGGUGAAGCAACCCCCGCGGCUGACAUAUAUAGCUUUGGUGUUGUGGUGCUUGAGGUGGUUAGUGGAGAGAUGGCGGUUGACUUCCGCUGGCCACAGGCUAUAUUGGUGAACAGGGUCCGUGAAUUUCUGGCAUGGAGAAGACCGUUGGAAGAACUGGCUGAUACAAGGUUGAAUGGGGAGUACAAUCACAAAGAACUGAUGAGACUCGUGAAACUAGGAAUUGCAUGCACAGGCUCCAACCCACUGUUAAGGCCAAGCAUGAGGCAAAUUGCAAGUAUUCUUGAUGGGAAUGAUGAAUGCUUUGUGGAUGAAGGCCGAACGGAGAGCAGAGAAGAAUGGAAAGAAAGAAAUGCAUCUUCUUUGUCAUUGAUUAAGAGGAUUCAAGCUCUAGGAAUACAAUGAUAGUCACCCCCAAUGUAACAUUACAGAGCGAGAGAUUGUAUAAACUGGGUUCUGAUGAGCUUGGCUUAUAGCCAAGGAAGUCUGUGUUUUUGUAUUCCGAAACUUUUCUAGUUAAGCUUUUUGUAGACUGUUUCAGCUAGAUUUUGUGUAUACCAGAAGAGAAGCAUGUCUUCCUAUCUUUUAUGAUAAUAUAGUGCACUCCAGUCUCCA